UGCCCUAUUGGCGUUCCAUAGCUAAGCGGAACGAAUUGGGAAAGGAGAAGCAAGAAUAUUCUCUCUUGUUUAUUUUGUGCUAAUUGAAUAAUUGAUUAAUGUCUUCGAGUGCUCUGAAUAACAAAUACGACUCCGUAGAGUUUCCGUUUUGUGAUGAGGUUACAAAAUAUGAAAAACUGGCGAAAAUUGGCCAAGGAACGUUCGGAGAGGUGUUCAAAGCAAGGCACAAAAGGAACAGAAGAGUGGUGGCACUUAAGAAAGUCCUUAUGGAGAAUGAAAAGGAAGGAUUUCCAAUAACUGCAUUAAGAGAAAUAAAGAUCCUACAGCUUCUCAGGCACGAAAAUGUUGUUCACCUGAUUGAGAUUUGCCGAACAAAGGCAACUGCAUUUAACCGUUUUAAAGGCAGUAUAUUUCUUGUAUUUGAGUUCUGUGAGCAUGAUUUAGCUGGGUUGCUAAGCAAUGCAAAUGUCAAGUUCUCAUUGGCUGAGGUAAAGGAGGUUGUGAAGCAACUACUUAAUGGACUUUAUUAUAUUCAUAGCAACAAGAUCCUACAUAGAGACAUGAAAGCUGCAAAUAUUUUGAUAACAAAGGAAGGAAAGUUAAAAUUAGCAGACUUCGGACUUGCCAGGGCUUUCAGCCAUGCCAAGCCUAGCCAACCCAACAGAUACACUAAUCGUGUUGUAACGCUUUGGUAUCGACCACCGGAACUGUUACUGGGAGAGAGGAAUUAUGGCCCACCCAUUGACAUGUGGGGUGCUGGGUGUAUCAUGGCCGAGAUGUGGACACGCAGUCCCAUAAUGCAAGGCAACACAGAGCAACACCAGUUAACUUUGAUUUCUCACUUGUGUGGGUCGAUCACACCUGACACCUGGGCUGGUGUUGACAAACUAGAAUUCUUUUCAAAACUUGAACUUCCUAAGGGACAUAAACGAAAAGUAAAAGAACGUCUCAAAGCGUAUGUGAAGGAUCAGAUUGCAUUGGACCUUAUCGACAAACUCUUAUGGCUCGAUCCAGCCAGUCGUCUCAAUAGUGAUGACGCCCUUAAUCAUGACUUUUUUUGGUUAGAUCCAAUGCCAUGUUCUCUCUCCAAGAUGUUGUCAAUACAUACACAAUCAAUGUUUGAAUUCUUAGCACCUCCCCGCAGACGAAUCCAGCAGCAAGCUCAUGCAGCCCCAUCUCGCAGGCCCGCUAAUCUCCCCCAGUCACAUGAUCAAACAUUUGAUCGAGUAUUUUGAGCUAAUUUGCAUUUCUCUAGGUACUUCUCUUUACAAUUGUAAAAUUAAUGGGCAUACUGCAUUACAGUAGCUCAGUAUUAAAUUUUUACAUAAAUUAGUCAGCAACUGCUAUCUUUUUAUACUACUGUGUACUCAUUUUUAUAAUUAAAAGUAGAUAAUAAUGUAGAAUUACAUGUUUAUAAUAAAAGUUUAUGUAUUCUGUAUACAACUUUACCAACUUUAUCUUAAUAAUCAUCUAUUAACAGCUGGCCAAAAAUAUUGUGUUAAUUAAAUACAUUUAAUUUGGUCAGUUUGAUUUGGUUAGUCAAAUUUUCUGUAAGUCUAGGCCUAAUUCUUAUGUUCAUGGCCAAGUAUUGUUUUAACCACCAUAUGUUUUGGCUGAUAAAGUGGUAACCUUUUGUUGUGCAUUUAGUGAUUGACUGAAGCAAGUUUGAUUCACUGCUGAGUGCUAAUGACAUUGAAUUGUAAAAAAGAACCCUGCUACCCUAUAUUAUAUAUUUUGGGUCAAGCUUACGUAACAAUUUUUUUUUUUUUGCCUCAUAUCCUGUAUCUAUGUAUAUAUAUAUAAAAGGCGUUGAAACAAGGAAUU